AUGUCGAUCAACCUAGAAAAUGGAUUCCAAUCUGAAACUUUGUCCUCAACUAUACCAAUACCAACUCUAGCCACUCGCUCAAUGCUCAAGCCUCCCACCCCCAAUGGCAUUUAUAAACCUCACUCAAAAGCUCAAACCAUUAAUACUAACAAUGAACCUCAAAUGGCUGAGCCUACCGUCAUCCCGUCAACGUUGGGCCACUAUCUAGCCCGUCGCCUCGUUCAAAUUGGUGUCUCCGAUAUCUUUUCGGUCCCAGGGGACUCCAAUCUCGUGCUUCUCGAUUACUUUGUGGCAGAAAUAGGGUUGAACCUCGUAGGAUGUUGCAGCGAACUCAAUGCUGGCUAUGCAGCCGAUGGCUAUGCUAGGCAUCGCGGCAUUGGAGCUUGUGUUGUGACCUUCACCGUUGGUGGGCUUAGCCUAAUCAAUUCCAUUGCUGGUGCUUACUCUGAGGAUCUUCCUGUUGUUUGUAUCGUUGGUGGACCGAACUCGAAUGAAUAUGGAAGUAAUAAGAAGAUUCUCCAUCAUACGAUUGGGUUGCCAGAUUUCACUCAAGAACUCCAAUGUUUUAAAAAUGUCACUUGUUAUCAGGCAGUUAUCAAUAAUUUGGAAGAUGCACAAUGGGAGAUAGAUUGUGCAAUUUCCAAGUGUUUGGAAGAGAGCAAGCCAGUUUAUAUCAGCAUUGCUUGCAAUUUGGUGGCAAUUCCCCAUCCUUCUUUCUCUGCGCAACAACUCAUUCCAAUCUCCUACUCUGCAAAGCAAAGUAAUCAAAUGGCAUUAGAGAUGGCAGUGGAGAAGGCAGCUCGACUUCUAAAUAGCGCGGUUAAACCCGUCCUAGUAGGAGGAAAAAAGUUACGACCUGCCAAAGCACAAGCCGUAUUCGUAGAGCUAGCCAAUGCUUGUGAGUACGCGGUUGCUGUUACACCAUCAGCAAAAGGAAUGUUCCCUGAACAGCACCCUCAUUUCAUUGGAACUUAUUGGGGAGUUCUCAGCACCGCCUUCUGCGGCGAGACGGUGGAAAUUGCCGACGCCUCAAUCUUUGUCGGAGCUAUGUUUGAUGAAUUGGAAACCGUCGGCUUCUCGCUUUCAUACAAGAAGAACAAUGCCAUUAUCAUAGAAACCGAUCACGUUGUGUUUCCAAAUGGGCCGAGUUUUGGGCCGAUUUUAAUGAAGGACUUUCUUUGGGCCCUUGCUAAGCGACUCAAGCCCAAUGCAAAGGCUUAUGAGAAUUAUCGUCGGAUUUAUAUUCCAGAGUCAAGCCCUGCCAAGUCAGAGCCGGGCGAAGCUUUACGAGUCAACGUUCUUUUCAAACAUAUUCAGAAAAUGUUGUCAAGUAACAUGGUUGUAAUUUCUGAAGCGGGUGAUUCCUGGUUUCACUGUCAAAAACUUGAAUUACCACGAUCAUGCGGGUAUGAGAUGCAAUUGGUAUAUGCAUCUAUUGGAUGGUCUUUAGGUGCUACUCUUGGAUAUGCACAAGCUUCAUUAGAUGAUCGUGUGGUUCUUUGCAUUGGUGAUGGAAGCUUUCAAAUGGCUCCACAAGAUUUGUCAACAAUGUUAAGAUUAGGUCAAAGGAACAUAAUAUUUUUGAUAAAUAAUGGUGGAUACACAAUUGAAGUUGAGAUUCAUGAUGGCCCUUACAAUGUCAUCAAGAAUUGGGACUACACUGCUCUUGUUGAUGCAAUGCAUAAUCACAAUGGCAAUUGUUGGACGGCCAAGGUUCAAACAGAGGAAGAAUUAGUGAAAGCAAUUGAAAUUGCAAAGGGAGACCGAAAGGACUGUUUGUGCUUUAUAGAGGCUAUCGUUCAUAAAGAUGAUACAAGUAAAGAGUUACUUGAAUUUGGGAACAAACUUGCUGCUAUCAAUAGUCGUCCUCCCUAUUAUGAGAUGAGU